AUGCACUCCCUCCACAAUGCCAUAUCGAAAAUUAAGCGUGUGGGCACUAAAGGGAAGCACGAUAAGCCUGAUAUCGCCCGGAACGGCUCCGCCAACGGGGCCAACAGCGCCAAGGAUAAGGCCUCCAUCACUACCCCAACAUCCGUCUCUAGCAGUGAGCUUAAUGUAGACGGCGAGCCAUUGAGCAAGAACCAGACUCGGAAGAAGACGUCCCGCAAGUCCCAUCGUGAACGGAAUGUCAUUGCCGAGCAGCGAAAGGCGGAAGCCAUCAGGCUCCGGAAAGAGGCGGAUGCAAAGGUGGAGGCCCAGGAACCCGCAGAGGUUCGAGCAAAAUAUGGCGAAUACCCUCUGGUCCAAUCCAUAGAUCGAAAACGAGAGCUUCGUGUGCAGCUCAGGGAUGUAUCGGCCGAGAGAGAUGGGGAGGUAAUCCUCUUCCGAGCUCGCGUUCAUGCCUUGCGAAAGAUGAGUGCCAACUUGGCAUUCUUUGUAUUCCGCCAGCAAUUGUCGACCAUUCAGGGCGUUCUUGCCCACCAGGGAGAAAAAGUCAGUACACAUAUGGUUCAAUGGGCGGAGCGAGUGCAAUCGGGGUCAAUCGUGCUGGUAAAAGGGACACUGCAAAAGCCCAAAGAACCUGUCAAAGGCUCCACGAUCCAUGAUAUCGAGGUACUCAUUUCGGAGCUGCAUGUCAUUUGUCGAAGGCCAGAAGCUGUUCCGUUCACAGUCUACGAAAAUGAGCUGUCAAAGGACCACGAAUUUGAUGAGGAGGUCGAUCAUAGUUCACAACACCAACACACUGGACAUAUCACAGAUCGUACAAGACUCGCCAAUAGGCUGCUUGACUUGCGGUCAGUGACUUCCAAAUCGAUCUUUCGUGUCAGCUCUGGCAUCACAACUCAAUUUCGCUCCUUCUUGGACUCGCAAGGCUUCAUCGAGAUACACACACCAAAGCUGCAAGGAGGUGGAACAGAAUCGGGGGCGAGUGUCUUUCAAGUGGACUACUUUGGAAGACCCGCUUUUCUUGCUCAAUCGCCUCAGCUGGGGAAACAGAUGUGCAUCGCAGCUGACUUCGAGCGAGUGUAUGAGAUAGGGCCCGUCUUUCGCGCAGAAAAUAGCAACACCCAUCGCCAUCUGACGGAAUACACAGGACUAGAUUUGGAGAUGACUAUCGAGGAGCACUACCACGAAGCACUAGAUUUGAUAGACAACCUGCUCAAGAGUAUAUUCCAGGGUGUAUAUGAUCGAUACAGGACUGAAAUAGACAUCAUCAAGCACCACUUUCCGCACGAGGACCUCGUCUGGCUGAAAGAGACACCCAAGAUUCCUUUCGCGGAAGCAAUACAGCUACUCAACGACUCUGGCUGGCGAGACGAGAACGGCAAGGAAUUGCCCCUCGACGAAGAUCUGGGAACCAGGGACGAGAUACACCUUGGUGAGGUGAUCAAGAAGACGUACAAUACCGAUUACUACAUCCUUGACAAGUUUCCGAAAUCUGCAAGACCAUUUUACACAAUGCCCGACCCUCAUAACCCUAAGAUCACCAACUCCUUCGAUAUCUUUGUUCGUGGUCAAGAAAUCAUCAGCGGUGGACAACGUAUACAUGAUGCAAAAUUGUUGCUGGACAACAUGGAUGCAAUGGGCGUCGAUCCAAAUACUAUGAAAGAAUAUAUCGACGGCUUCAAAUAUGCAGCCCCUCCACACGCAGGCUGUGGCAUUGGCCUGGAACGAAUUCUCAUGCUGAUCCUAAAUCUGGGCAAUAUCCGCUUCGGCUCGCUCUUCCCACGAGACCCAAAGAGCUUGCCACCACCCCCGCCCAAACCCGACAUUCGUCAUCUCGAAUCUAGUACACUCGAGCCUCCAUGGGGCGAAGGUGAUGCGCCUUCCGAGGAAGCAAUGCAGCCCCUCGAGAACCUCGUCGCCAACUACGGCGACUCGACAAACACAUCCUGGUUUGACGACCGCUAUCUAAUCUGGCGCCAUAAGCAAACCGGCGCCGCAGUCUGCUACGUCCCCAUACGCGGCUAUGCCAUCCUGCCCGGCGACGCCCUGUGCGACAUUUCUCAAUACACAAACGUCGCGGCCACAUUUCUCAAAUGGCUCAAAAAGGAAAAGAACCUAAAACCCAUCUGGCUCCUGGUGGGCCACGAGCUCGAAGCCGUCCUAGGAGAGAAAUUUGGCUGGAAAACCCUCACCUGCGUCGCCGAAGAGCGUGUCAACGCUCUCAACGAUACAGCCACCAAAGAUCACGACGUCGCGCGCAAGAUCCGGCGCGCGGAGAAAGAAGGCGUUAAGAUCAUCGACAUUGACGAAGGCAAGCCCGUGCCUGAAGACGUGAAACAGAAAUGCGACGCGCGUAUCAAAGAAUGGCUCGGCAACCGCAAAGGCACGCAGAUCCAUCUCUCGGAAAUCACGCCCUGGAUCGACCAGCAGCAUCGUCGUUACUUCUACGCCGAAGACAAAGAAGGCAAGAUCUGCGCCAUGGUCGUCCUCGCCCAACUCGCCCCUCGGCAUGGCUACCAGGUCAAAUACUCUCUCGACUUCGCGGGCGCCCCUGGAGGCACGAUCGAGCAUAUCACCCUGCACGCCAUCCACGCUGCAAAAGCUUCCGGCACGAAAGUCCUGACGUUUGGAAGUGCGGCGAGUACGGAGUUGCACGCUGUUCACCAUAUGAGCGGCGCGAGGGUCAAGGUGCUGCAGAAUAUGUAUGAGGGGAUCGUCAAGCAAUUCCGGUUGACUGCCAAGAGCGAGUUUAGGCAGAAGCUGGGGGGCGAGGAGGAUCCAGUCUAUGUGUGCUAUCCACCGGGUGGAUUAGGGGUGAAGGGAAGUAGAGCUAUUUUGGAGUUCUUCGAGCAGGAUCAUUAG